AUGUCGUUCAGUACUAUAUUUCGGAAGGCUACAAAUUUACUUGGAAUCGGAACGGAGGAGGUGAAGUCUCCGCCACUAGAUGGCGAGAUUAUUUAUUGUAAAAACAACGUCUGUGUUCAUCCGCCUGCUCCGUUAACUCUAGAAGUAGAACAUCAUCCUGGUUACCUGACUAUUAGAGCUCAACAAGAUGAGGUAAAGGGUCCAACGUUGGUUUUAACAUGGAUACCCAACGCAUCUUUAAAGAAAAACCCUCAAAGCAUCGAGAGUAGCCCAGCCAUUAAACCACCAAAAGUAUUAACUCCAAGAUCUAGUCCACGUAAAACACCAAAACAAGAAUUCGCUAAACCAGAAGGGGACAUUACUCCAUCGGAUAUCGAUUCCCCAGAUCAGACUUCCUCCUACCUCAAAAACAACCAAUCAACUGCUGCCAAAUCGUACAAACAGAGUGUUGAUAAUACGAGUUUUAGUUCGGAUAGUGUGUCCGUCUGCUCACAUGAAGAAUCUCUCAGUAUGGAAAGUUGGACAGCUCAGUUUGAUGAAGCUGGAACAAGUGACAAAGUGAAAUUGAGUUCUAGGUCCCCUACAAUGGAGGAUUCUACGCGUUCCAUGUCAACGAGUAGUACUGGAUCUAUUUCCUUCUCUCAUAACUUAACAUUUCCUGAAAACUCUGUUACGUAUAGUAGCAGUCGAAAAGAAAAGAAAACGGCCAAAGAACAAGUUUGUGGAGUAUUUUCUGUUGAUUUAGGUCAGAUGAGAUCUCUACGUCUAUUCUACAGUGAUAAUCAAUGUACGAAGGGUCAGGUGGUCAUCGCUAGUCGAGAAUCUCAAUAUAAAAUAUUACACUUCCACAGCGGGGGUCUGGAAAAACUGGCAGAAAUAUUUGAAGAGUGGAAUCUAUUUAGGAAAGCUAGGACGAGAGACAGUGAUACUCCUUAUCGUCAGUUCUUAGUAAUGAAACCCCAGGUGACAGAUGAUCAGUGUCACCCUGAAGAGGGUGUGUUUCCCAGGGUAACAGAAGACGUCUGGCAGGCUCAUAUGAUGGAUGAUGGUAUUAUAGAAGAUGAUUAUCAACUUAGAAAGGCAGUUUUUUUUGGAGGUUUAGACCCGUUAUUACGACAUGAAGCUUGGCCAUUUCUACUCAAAUUCUACCCGUUUAGUUCAACUUUUGAAGAUCGUGAGAAAAUACGAAAUGAUAAAUAUAUACAAUAUCAUAAUAUCAGAAAAGAAAGGGAAUCAAUGCCAGAGAAGGAAGCUGAGAAGUUCUGGAAGACGAUACAAUGUACAGUAGAGAAAGACGUAGUUCGUACAGAUAGAAGUCAUCGUUAUUUCAGGGGUGAACAUAAUCCUAAUAUAGAAAUACUGAAGAAUAUAUUAUUAAACUACGCGGUGGCCCAUCCUACAAUGGGGUAUACCCAGGGUAUGUCUGAUCUAUUAUCACCAGUACUCGCUGAGAUUCAACAUGAAGUCUACGCUUACUGGUGUUUUGAGGGUUUAAUGCAGCGUACGAUAUUUGUUAGUUCACCUCGUGAUAGUGAUAUGGAUAAACAACUGAAUUAUCUAAGAGAGCUGUUACGUCUGAUGGUACCAAAAUUUUAUCAACAUUUAAAAAAACUUGGUGAUGAUGCUUUAGAACUGUUGUUUUGUCACAGAUGGAUAUUGUUGUGUUUUAAACGAGAAUUCAGUGAACGAGAUGCGUUGGUAAUCUGGGAGGUCUGCUGGUCUCAUUAUCAGACGGACUAUUUCCACCUAUUUAUCUGCGUGGCUAUUGUCUGUAUCUAUGGUGACGAUGUCGUGGAACAGAAUUUACCGGCUGAUGAAAUUCUCCUCCAUUUUAGUAGUUUAGCUUUACAUAUGAACGGACAGGUCGUGCUGAAAAAGGCUCGAGGUUUGUUACAUCAAUAUAGAAAACGUCGGAAGAUUCCCUGUACUUUACACGGACUCUGUACCCACUGUGAUCCGGGAAUGUGGGACAGUGGACACGUACCAACUGUAGAAUGUAUUGGACACCCUGGAGACACGCCCUGUCCCUAUUCCAGCACCCCCAACUCUCCUGAAGAUUAA